AGACAGCCCAAGCUCAAAUCAAGAGCGUAACCCUAACUGAUCCCCCCAGGUACGGUGCUAUAAAAGCUUAGCCUUGCCCUAACAAUGGAAUUUUAACUGCCUCCUCUUCUCCUCUCCUGUGGAACAACCAGGGUUUUGUAGAGCCUAACCACGAUGGUGAACGUUCCCAAGACAAAGAAAACAUAUUGUAAGAGCAAGGAAUGCCGAAAGCACACUUUGCAUAAGGUCACACAAUACAAGAAAGGUAAAGAUAGCCUUGCUGCACAAGGUAAAAGGCGUUAUGAUCGUAAGCAGUCGGGUUAUGGAGGGCAGACAAAACCUGUUUUCCACAAGAAGGCCAAAACUACUAAGAAGAUUGUUCUGAGGUUGCAAUGUCAAGGUUGCAAGCAUGUGUCUCAGCAUCCAAUUAAGAGAUGCAAGCAUUUUGAGAUUGGUGGAGAUAAGAAGGGGAAGGGUACUUCUCUGUUCUAAAUGCUAUUUUAUGGUUAUGUUUUGGUUGUGAUUCACUGUUCAGACAUUUAAGCUAAGGCAAAAUCUAGAAUUUUUCUUCACUUCAUUUUGUGUGGUUAAAGUGCUGUCACGCUACUUCAUUAUGGUUGUUUACAAUAACCAAUUGUCUUCUAAUUAGAAUUAGUGAGCUAUUUUGAUUGAGCUA